GCGGAGAGGGGCUUCCGCGUGGGUAGGGUCGCCUUUCACGUGGAUCGAGGACUGGUGCACAUAAGAUUGUGUGUCCUCCCCCCUCCCGAAAAUAUUCAUCACCUCCAACCACCCCCAGAUUUACCUUGCUAUAUUUCUAAGAAUAUCUUCCCAAUCCCUUUUCUACUAGAAGGAAUCCUCCCCCAACACACAAAACCCCUGCACCCUAAUCUUUUCCUCUGCAGACAUCAACACCCCCCUCCCUGAACAUCCAAUUAAUUGCCACACUUUGGGGGGGAUUUCUCAGACACCCCCUAGAUUUUAUCACAACUUCCCAAAUCUUGAAAGAAGGUCUGGUUCCAGAGAGAUAGCUGCCCCCUCCCUCUUUGCUGUACCAUUACAAAGGGGAGACUGGAACCCCUUCCUCCAUUCUUGGGAAACUUUCCCCCAAAGUGAGCCCCAAUCAGCCCCAUAAGAGGCCCCUAUCUUAACCCUGUGGAUCUCUUUCACAGCUCCCUUCUGUAAUUGUAGAGAAUCCCACACUGUACCUAAAAGUUUUCCGUCUCUUCGGACACCGUUUGAGAUCUUCAGGACUCUUGAGGUUUCUGCUCGCUUCAGCGACCCCUAAGAAUUUCUACUCUGCACCCCUGAAUUUUCCUGCCUUGUUACAAAGGCCCCCUUCCCUAAUAUUUUCAAGUGCACUUCUGAAAUUGACUCCCACUUUCCCUGUUCCAGAGUGGCGCCUCUCUUAAAAUUGGAUUUCCCGUAAGCUCAUAUCUUUCUUUAUGUCCACAGGGUUCCCCCAAAAUUUCAGCCCUCUAGCAGAGGGGAGGCUGAGCUCCCCUCAACAUUUCUGUGCCGCCCAGAAUUUGCAUUAGCUUGUAAAAUAAAAACAACAACAACAAUUUCUUCCCUAAAUCUCAAUUAUAUGGCGAGAUAAAAGUAGUGUGCUUGUCUACUCUGCAUUAGAUACUUCUAAAACAAUCCUAAUCCCACAAGGUCCUUGAUUUUUUUUAAAAACAAUAAUUGGACUUCCAACAUCUCAUAUUAACAGAGUGACUCUAUCCAGUGUUUUCACUCUCUGUGGAAACCUUCACCUCCUCCCCCACUCAAAAAAUAAUAUUUUGAGCUUUUACUGAUUAUCCCUUUUUGUUUGAUUCAAGCAUUCUAUACUUCCGAAACCAUCCUAAAAACACACCCAAGUCUCCCUAGACGUAUUCCGCAGUGUCCCAUCUCCUGAAAUCAGAGGGAGGUGGAUUAGAUAGCUAUGGUUUUCAGCCGCUGAAUCAUCCCAAUUUCAACUAGAGCAUACCCAAAAUAGGCAACUGAGACCUUCCAAGCUGCUCCAUAGUACCCCAGUAUCCAAGCCCCCCCAAUUUUAGCAACUGCAUAGAGCCAUCUACAUUCAAAGAAUCCCGAAUAUCUCUUUUCUUUCUAAAACGCUAGAACCUUACAGAAGCCCUCCAGCCGCGUCCGCACCAUUAUCAAGAACACUUCCUGAUUGAUCCUAAACCUUUGAGUCCCCAAUUUCGCAAGCAUUUCUUUGGCCCUGUACACCUGGACUCAGCCAGUCCUCCGUUAGACGCCCACAAAGAUUCCCACAGCUCAGAGCUCCCUCCCCAUUUGAACCCAAGAGCCCACCCCACAUCCGAUUCCUGAAGCAGCCUGUCCUUAGUCCAAACAAUCAACCCCCCUGUUUCUUUCACACGCACAACCCAACCUGUCCAAUGGCUUUUCAGGACCCCAAUCACCCCCUGCAAGCUCAGCUCUGUAGCAAUGUUUUUGGGGCGCUGACCGGGUUAAUACAGCCCCCUUUAGCAGCUGGGCUAGGCGGGGGGCAGAAGUAUUAUUGCAAUAAUGGGGUACAGGUAGCCUCCCCCCAGCAACAGCAGACGGCACCCAGCAAUGUGGUGAUGGUGGAACCGGAACCGGACCGGCCAAUCGGUUACGGCGCUUUUGGCGUGGUUUGGUCAGUGACGGAUCCCCGGGAUGGCUCACGAGUUGCACUCAAGAAGAUGCCCAACGUUUUCCAGAACUUGGUCUCUUGUAAACGGGUCUUCAGAGAGCUGAGAAUGCUCUGUUACUUCAAGCAUGACAACGUCCUCUCAGCGUUAGACAUUCUCCAGCCUCCACAAAUUGACUGUUUUGAGGAGAUUUACGUCAUCACUGAGUUGAUGCAAAGUGACCUUCACAAAGUCAUAGUGUCUCCACAACCACUCAGCGCUGAUCACAUCAAGGUCUUUCUGUAUCAGAUCCUCAGGGGGCUGAAAUAUUUGCACUCUGCUGGUGUUCUUCACCGCGAUAUCAAACCUGGGAAUUUGCUGGUCAACAGCAACUGUGUCCUGAAGAUCUGUGACUUCGGUUUGGCCCGGGUAGAGGAGCCAGAUGAGUCCCAGCACAUGACUCAAGAGGUGGUAACUCAGUAUUACCGGGCCCCCGAGAUCUUGAUGGGUACCAGGCACUAUGGACGUCCAAUUGAUAUCUGGUCUGUGGGUUGUAUCUUUGCUGAGCUCCUUGGCAGGCGUAUCCUUUUCCAGGCUCAGAGUCCUAUUCAGCAGCUGGACCUGAUUACAGAUCUCCUGGGGACUCCUCCUGUGGCCGCCCUCCAUUCGGCCUGCGAGGGGGCCCGGGCGCACAUCCUGCGGGGCAACCACAAGCCACCGUCGCUGUCGGUCCUCUACAUGCUCUCAGGAGAAGCCACCCACGAGGCCGUCCACUUGCUCUGCCGGAUGUUGGUCUUUGACCCGGCCAAAAGGAUCUCCGCCAAGGACGCGCUCUCCCACCCCUACCUGGACGAGGGCCGGCUGCGCUACCACACCUGCAUGUGCACCUGCUGCUUUUCCGUCUCCUCGGGCCGCGUCUACACCAGUGACUUUGAGCCCCGGGCCGACCCCAAGUUUGAUGGCUCUUACGAGAAGAACCUCACCUCCGUCUGGCAGGUCAAAGAACUGGUGCACAGAUUUAUCUUGGACCAGCAACGGGGGAAACGGGUCCCACUCUGUAUCAACCCACAGUCGGCUGCCUUCAAAACCUUCAUCCGUUCCACAGCGUGGCACUCCUCCAAAGUCUCCAAAAAGGAAGAGAGAUGAAGGUGCCCGUUGGACAGAAUGUGGGGGUGGGGGAAAAGGAAGGAGGAGGGAAAGAGAGGCGAACCAAUACGGCGGCCUCCUCGAUGGGAGACGGAGGAAAAAAGGCGAAAAGAAGAAAAAGAGAGCUACUCUUCUUAAUCCUGCACUCUUGAAUUUUUUGACUCAUGGACAGACA